CUCCUUGCAAAUCUGAAUAGAGUUGUUGUCCUUAGGUUUUCCUGUUAAGCUGAUUUCUUCAUCAACCACUUUCAUCAAAGCAUGCAGUAAGAAUUCAUAUACAGUAGGGGAGUGAGAUUGAUGAGGAUGAUCCACAUUAUUAAAGCUAUUACGAGAUGUUUGAGGGCGUAGUGGAUAACCCAACCGAAGAAGAACUUGUGUGGCCAUUAGAGCAGCUGUGAACUCAACAAUUCUGCCCUCCCUAAUGUAGAUGAAGCAUAACUCAGCAAGAUACGCAGGUUGGAUAAUAGUUGAAGGGUUGACGUACUUGGACUCCAACGGUAUCAUGGAUUGCAUCUCUUCCACCAGGUCAGGGAGGCAAAAUAUGAAAAGCAACUUAAAAAUUGACAUUUGGGAUGUCCAUUCCUUCAGACAUGCGGUGGUCGAAUCAAGAACUCCAAUUCAGGGUAGUCGUCUCUUUGGGGAGUCCUACAAGGCCACCGGACCAUGCAACCCAGUUAAGUUUGGGUAUGCAUCGAACAGAAUCAGGAGAAGCCAUGUAUAUAUGUUGAACUUGGUUUGAUAUUGUUUGUCAAGGCCUCAAGGGUUACUUAUUGGGAUACUUACCAGCGAUAGUCAGGCUCCGGCUUAUAGUUCCGGUGAGCGACUCUGACCGGGCUGUCAACAAACACAAGGCAAAGUACUUUAGACACAUAUAUGCAUUCUACA